UGUUCCAUGUGUCCCUGCCCUCCUGACAGUGUGGUUAAAGCUCUCUAAGUGGCACGCCACUCAGUAUGGUGCUGCACUCCUGGAUGGAGCCACUGUAAGCAAAUACAGCUGAGGGAGAACAGAGCGGCCUCUGUGGGUGUGUGUAUGAGAGCGUGUUACACCGUUCAGCAGCAUCAUGGAUACAGAAUAUUCCAAGCGAGUGUACCAAGGGGUGCGGGUCAAGCACACAGUGAAAGACCUGCUGGCUGAGAAGCGAUCCCGACAGACAAACGGGCCCAGAUAUAAUGGAGGAUCGACAUCUCCACCCUCUUUUGUCCAGAUGUCAGGGUCACACAUGCUGCCCAGCUACUACAGCAUGAGACGUCCCUUCAUAUCCGAUUCAGACUUUUGCACUUCCACUAAGCAGUUCCCUCCUGACGUCUAUUCUUCCACACAACCGUCCACCAUGUCCAGCUACUCCUCCCUUAUUGACAGCUACUACCCAGAAACCUUCGGUGACUACCGCAGCGCCGCCACCUUCUCCAGCUCGGGAAGCUCCUUCCUGCCCUCGUCAGCCAUUUCUUCCCUGUUGCCCCCUUUCAGCGGAGAAUCACCACACCUAUUUCUGCGUGACUCAUGGGACCAGUCAGGCCCGGAGCCAGUUUCCCAGGUGGAGGGCCUUUGUCAGGACACCCUGGGCUCUGUCAGCGUACCACCCUCUAUGCCCAGCCCAGAGCCCCCGGGUAGCCCAUCCCAGUACCGCUCCCCCAGCCGCGGCUCCUCCAUGGGCCCGAUCCCCAGCAGCCAGCCAUACACCCUGCAUCCUCUGGAGGACGUCCACUACCACCCUUUGACCACCAGCAGCACCUACUCUGUACCUUCCUCCUUUUCCUGCCCCCCGUACAUGAGCAGCCCUGUCAGCGACCUGGUGUCCAAGAUGGUGACGGAGGAGGGGGUCGAGGGUCACGGCAGCCUCCCAGUCGGCACGGAGGCCCACUCUUCGUGGGCCAAGGAGGACGGGGUGAGCCCCUGGUCCCCCUACGAGAUCAGGAGGGCCUACUGACAUGAGAGUCCAACCAAGACUGAGGAUCCAAAUUUCCAGUGAAUGGAAUUUCACAGACUUUUUCCUGGAAUAAAGCCACAAAGCACUGAGCUUGACAUAAAUUAUCGGAGCGGUUAUUUUGAGGGGAUAAUGUUCACUUUAAAUCAUUUUCCUAUUCAACAGUUAAUAUUUAUACCCUUAUUAGCAACACAGUAGCAUUGGUUGACUGAAUUGACCAACAGUUGUGGUGGGAGUAUCCUUUACUUACUGCCAAGAAGAAAACAAUGGGGUGAUUAUUAUUUUUCAUCUUUUUUAUAAUGUUUGUAUUUUAUGUAAAACAAAUAGAUCGGAGAGGAUCGCAGCAG